AUGAGGCGAGAUCCUAACUCGCGAAGUGUCAGGUCGGCCAAGAUCGGCGUCUGCGAUCUUCUGUCACGUCUAGUUCCGCUGCCAGAUCAGUCAGCACCAUCCUCAUAUCUCGUCACACCAGAGAUCAGAUCCACCCUGCACAAGAACCUCUUCCGUCAUCUCCUCGAGAGCGUACCAACUCCAGCCGUUCUUGUUCCCUGCGAUCCUGGCACCAGCGUCUCAGAAGCCCUUGCCCUCCUCUCAACGUACGGCUGGAACCUGUCCCGUGCUCAGAUCGAAGAGACGCGCGAGAUCGCUCUGGCUCGCAAGAAGGGCAAGCAAGCACAGCGAGCACAAUCGCCAUGGUCCAGCUCGAGCGCCUAUGACGAUGCCGAGGAUCCCGAUCUUCUAGGUCCAGAGUACUCUGAAGCUCGUCGAGGCAUGCCAUGCGGCCAUCUGUUUCAGAAAGGUGAGGCCAUCUACCGCUGUAGAGACUGCGGGCUGGACGAUACAUGUGUCCAAUGUGCUCCCUGCUUCCAAGCGUCGAUUCACGCCACGGAAGGGCACGAUGUCGUCUUUAGCGUUUCGUCUUCCAGCGGAGGAUGCUGCGACUGCGGUGAUCCGGAAGCGUGGAAGCAGGACGUCUGUUGUCGAUAUCACUCGGAAUCGUCUGCGGCAGCCACCAACGCGAUGGACCUCGAAGGCGAGUCGCAAGGGCGAUCGCAGGCCGUAUCCUCCGCAGAUCAGCACGACCGACCUCCAGGCGGCUCAGAAGACAUCGAUGGCCUGCAAGAGAUCGACCAGGAAUUGGCGGCGCUACCCGGUCAGCUGCGUGAUCCGCUGCUCGACAUGGUCGCAGAGCUGGUCACGCUCAUCGUCACCGUCUUCGAUCAUGCCCCCGAUUCCGAAGUGGUCUCGUCCUUGCAUACCCCAGACAUCAUAUCGCUUCUGCCCAGUCUCGAGGACGGGCUCGUAUCGCAUAACAGCCGUACCCCGUCCAAGCGCAAAAGCAGCACUUCAGGUCCGCGCGACAGCGACAGUGACGAGGAGAUGAGCGCCGUCGAAGUCGAGAACCUGGUCGGAGACAGCAUCGACGAGGAGGGAGGCGACGAUGACUUUGACGCAGACCGCACCGCCUGGGGCUCGCGUGCCCGCACCGGCAGUCGCUCGAGCUCAGAGAGCAAAUACCUUGAUGCCGAACAAACCCGUGGCUGGCUCCACAGGACCUUGGAGCGACGACCCAGCAAUGCUUCGCUUUAUGCAUCUAUUUCACCCGCAAAGUCCAGCUUAGACGGAGGCAAGGCAGGAGCCAACCUCGACGCUGCCGACGCCAAGCGACAAUUUGCUGUCCUGUUGUGGAACGACGAGAAGCACAGCUUCAGCCAGGUCAUCGACAUUGUCACUGACGCCACGGGAAGCUCCGAGCACGAUGCAAAGGGAGUAGCGGAGCGUGUCGACAAGCACGGCAGAGACAUCAUCGAGGUGGGAUCCGAUCUGCGUCGCCUCUACCAGAUUGCGCGCGUCCUGCAUUCCAUCGACCUCGCCGUGACGAUCCGCCCCGCGUUUGACGUCUUUGCAGAGGAGGUCAGCCAGGUUGUCCUCGACUUCCUUAUGGAUCUGUCCAACUGCAACCUCUAUCUGCCCUCGUCGUCCUCCUCGCAGGACACCGCAUCCACGCUGUCGUCUAUACCGCUGAGUUCGUGGCUCGGACAGCCUCUCAAGCCGGACGCCGCCGCUUUCAAGCACAUUGUGGCGCGCAGCCUGUUUGCUCCGUAUCAGCCCCUCAAGCCCAUCGAGACAGGCUCGAUGAGCCCCGACUUUUUCGAUCCUCGUCACCUCACCAACUACGAGGGUUUGCUUCUGAUGGACUGCAAGCUGUGGAAGUCAGCAAGGAUCGACAUUAAGGCACUCCUCAUGUCGCUCAUCGCACGCAGAGAGAUCAAGAAGGAGAUCUCGCUGCGCUUUGCCAGGAUCUAUCCCAAGCUCGUCGAGACGUUCAUGCUCAGGGACCGCGAGCAGGAGUAUUCCAUCUGCUUCUUGACCGUCCAGCUCUUCAGCGUGCCCUCGAUUGCGACGAUGCUUGUCGAGAAGGUCAAUUUCUUGUCCAAGCUGCUGUUGCUGCUCCAGUCUAUCUUCGCAGGCUCGCUUGUCAACGAGAAGAUCGAUCUCGUUCUGCCACCUCCGACGCCCCCGCAGAGUCAGGCCAACGUUCAUCUCAUGUUCCUCCGCCAAUCUCGCAGCUACCACAUCUUCUACGACAUUCGCUACCUUCUGGCGUCCGAGGGCGUGCAGAAGCUCAUCGCAAAGGGAGGACACGGUCACACGGACUAUUUCCUCAAGUGCCUUUCCCUCUUCCAGGCGAUUCAUCCGUCCAAGCGUGCUGUCUCGGCGCACGUCGAGUUCGAGAGCGAGAUGUGGAUCCCCGUCUUCCAUAUCAGCUCGCACCUCGGCAAGGCGGCCAAGAUGUUCGGAGAGGCGUUCGCUCAUGCUGCGCCAGCACAGCUCGUCGAGGCCAUCGUCGGCACGGUUCAAGCCAUCAACUGGAGCAGCGAGAAGCUGUCGAGCGUGGAUCCGGACUCGUUCCCGGUCACCACCUUCCACGACGCUCGCUAUAUCGUGGGAACCGAGGUAGGCACCAGGUCGCUGCCGGUGAUUUCCUUUGCGGUCGACUCGCAGCCCGUCAGCUUUCACCAUCCCAUGCAUUGGCUUCUAGCUGAGCUGAUCCGGCAGAUUCCCGUCGUCGGACACGAGGCCUUGCAACGAUGGUCCGGCGGCCGCGAGCGUCUCGACGAGCUGCUGCAGUCCAGUAUCGACGAAAAGAGCCUGCUCGUUGCCCUCGACUAUCCACUGCGCGUCUGCGUCAAGCUCGCGCAGAUUCGCUGCAACAUGUGGGUGCGCAACGGCUUUGUGAUCCGAUCUCAAGCGCAUCACUACCGCGAUAAUUCGAUGCGUGGCAUCAUGUACGACCAAGACCUGCUGCUCCUCCAGGCCGGCUUCACUCUGCUCGACACGGAUCGCUUCCUGCUCACCCUGCUGGAUCGCUUCCGCCUUCUGCCGUGGUUCAACCAGACGGACUCAACGGACGACAAGCCCUACGAUGCCGUGCAAGGGGUGUUCCUUGCAGAGGAGUUCCUCUUCCUCAUCACGACGUGCCUUUCGGAGCUGUCAUCGAUGUGUGCUUGGCCGAUCGAGGCGCAGAUCCGACGCGAGAUCAUCCACUUCCUCGCGCUGGGUCAAGGUACCUUUACCGACGUGACCAAGAACAUCCCCGAAAAGUUCACCGAUCACGCCGCCUUUGAGCGCAUCCUGUCGCAGGUGUCCACCUUCCGGGCCCCGGAUGGCACGCACGACUUUGGCAUCUUUGAGCUCAAGGACGAAUGCUAUACUGAGAUUCAGCCCUUCUUCUUCCACUACACGCGCAAUCAGCGCGAGAAAGCGGAAGAGGUGGUUCGUCUCCGUCAGAAGAAAGCUCUGGCUGCAAGCAGCGGGCGUGCUGUCACGGCGAUCAAGGACGAGGACUUGCCACCCUUGGUCCCGACUUCGUCCUUGCACCAGCUGCGUGGCACGCUCUUUGGUCGCUUGCUCGACGUGCUCUCCAACGACGUGCUCGUGUCGCUUCUUUUCAAGGCUUUGGACAACACGCGAGUCCUCUUCGCGUACGCACCCGACAUGCUCGUGGACGCCGCUUUGCAGAUCAUCAUGAUUGGCUUGGUCGACGCCGCGGAUGUCUUUGCUUUCAAAGCAGCUACCCUCCAAGUAACCAAACUCGAGAGCCCCGACGAGGAAGUUGAAGCGACGCCAAGCAAUCCAUCUUCCGCGGCAACGCUAGUCGAGACGUUGUGCAUGGUCGAGCUCAUGGACAAGUUCAAGCCGUUCAAGAGCAAGAUCACGUGGUGUCUGGAGAAGCUCGCCUCGCACUCUGAAGAGGCACGCCGCCUCGUCCAGGCGCAUUUCGCGGCUACAGGUCGUGGAGCCGUCCCUGCAGAUGGGACAUCAGCAAGCGGCGCUUCCAAGCACAAGAGCGCCGAAGAAGCUCGACGCGCCGCGGCCAAAGCACGUCAGGCCGCCAUCAUGCAAAAAUUCUCCGCGCAGCAAAAGAGCCUGUUGGAUCAGCUCGGUGCGGACGACGAUGAGGACGAGGACGACGACGAGGGCGAAGUCGAUGCUGCCAUUUCGGCCGUCGGUGCCGAAGCCAAAGCGCCCAAGAAGAGCUGGGGUAGCUGCAUCCUGUGUCAGGAGAAUCUGGGCGCCGACAAGGCAUUCGGCAGCCUGGCUCACAUCCAGCCCAGCAGGAUGAUGCGCAUGACGCCAAAGCAGGAUGCGCCCAGCUUGCAACAGGCUCUGGAGGCGCCGCUUACGAUGGACCGCAGCAGCAGCGAGGGCAAGCGCAUUCAGGGCAUAGCUCCGAUGGGCCGAGCGGGUCUGCCUCAGAGCUCGAAAGCAAGGCCGGGUCCCGCCUACGGCAGCUUCCCGCAAGAAGACCACCGCUUCGGCUUCUAUGCCUCGACGUGCGGUCACCACAUGCAUCUGCACUGCUUUGAGACGUACUGCCGAAGCGUCGAGCAGCGUCACACGCAACAGAUCGCUCGCAACCAUCCCGAAGACUUGCAUCGCUCCGAGUUUAUCUGCCCUCUCUGCAAGAGUCUCGGCAAUGUGAUUUUGCCCGUGGCGGAUGUUGCCGCCGACUUGGCAGGUGGUGCCUUUGCGCCCUUCGACUCGGUGGCGUCGGACGAGACGCCGCUGCAAGAUUGGAUCCGCAAGAUCAACAUCGAUAUCCUCAAGCAUUCGUCCAAGACCAACGUUGCCGAUUACCAGGAGACCGACCACGGCAGCGGCGCUUUCAUGCCCUUCUUUGUCGACUACCUGCAGAGCUCGCUCCUAGCGCGUCUUGAGACGGCCAACAUUGAUGUGUCGACAGCGCAGAUGAUCGACCGAUUCAUGAAUGUGCUCAAGCCCAUGUCGCACGCCGCCAAACCGGCCAGGGAGAAGCUUCAGCAGCACACCAUCCUGGCGCCGCAGGGGCGCAAGAUGUACAUUCCAGAAGAGCUGGUCGCGUACACGAUUGCGAUGAUCGAAGCCGCUCAACGCGGAAUGACGCCAUCUCCCUCCACCGACUGCAAUGUUCCGGUGGAGCAGAGAUCCGUCGCGGACGCGCUCAACGAGUCGACGAUCAACCUGUUGCGGUCGUUGAUCCACUGCCUUCGACUGUCGACUUUGACCUUCCACGAGGGAUCCAGAGGUCCCGACAUCAUCCGUCGCGGAUUGCUGAAGCGGCUGCUGCCUCACUGGGGCGGCGACGAUGCUGUUCGCUCUCCGCUGCUGCUCCGCGAUCCCAUGACCAUCCUGAUCGAAGCUGCCAUCGUUGCGCCUGAUGCUCUGACGCAGUGCACGGCCCUCAUGUACUACAUCUGCCUCGUGCAGACGGUCUUUGGUCUGGCGCAGCCCUCGAUCUGGCCGCAGGUGUAUGGGCACAUGGGCAACCACUUUGGAUCCUCGUCGACGCCUCGACCGGGUGCUGGUCUGAAGGCAGGCCAAGUCAGCAAGGAGGACAUCGAAGAAGCACGUCUGAUCUUCCCUGACGUGCGAUGGACCGUUGCCAACAUCAUUGGCUUUGUCGGCUACGCCCGAGGCAACAUCACGCUCGGCUUUGACAAUUUGGACGAUGACACGCUUGCCAAGAUGAUCUGCAGCUACACGCUGCCCUUCCUGCGUCGUGCUGCGAUCCUGCGCCGAGUGCUGGGUCUAUCGACGGCUGCGGGGUCGGAUGCGAUGGAGAUGGGAGACGGAUCGCCCGGCGAGUACCGCCGCCUUCUCGCGCAACUGAAGAUCCCGCUGCCGUCGGUUGCGCUGCCUAUCCGCGCAGAGAAGCAGACACCCAUGGCGAGCUUGGUAGAAGGCUGGAUCAAGCAUGCCUAUGCGCCGCUAGCCUCCUUGUUCCGUCCCUUGCCCAUCCAGCCGACCCCGCUCGGCAACUCGGUCAUCAGCUCGACUCUGCACGAUCGACCUUCGUCGGCAGCUGCUGGCAGUGCGUCCUCGAGCGCGGCCCUGGCUAGUGGUACGCUUGGUCGAGGCCAGCACUCGCUCACCUCGUCGUACCUGCAGGCGGCCGAAUCGCACCCGACUCUGCUGCUGGAGCACCCGCACAUCUACGAACUCGCCAAGCUCCCCGCGGACCUGGCGACGCUGCUUCAAGACACGCGCCGUCGGCCGUGCAAGAAGUGCGGCAACGUGCCGCCCGAACCGGCGCUCUGCCUGCUCUGCGGCGACGUCGUGUGCCUGCAAUCCUUCUGCUGCCAGAGCGAGGAUGACGGCGAGCGCGGUGAGUGCAACCAGCACAUGGACGCGUGCGGCGGUGCCAUCGGCGCCUACUUUAAGAUCAAAUCCAACCUCGUCCUCCUGCUGUAUCAGGGCAACGGCACGUUCCAUUUCCUCUCGCCGUACCUCGACAGUCACGGUGAGAUCGAUGUGGGCCUGAGGAAGGGUCGACCGCAGAAGCUGCAUCAGCAGCGGUACGACGAGUUGAGGAAGCAGAUCUGGACGCACGGCGUCGCAAGUCUGGUCGCUAGGAAGACCGAGAGUAGCAUGGAUCAGGGCGGGUGGCAGACGUUCUAG